AUGAACUGUCAGGGUUUAAGGGACAACAGUCAGCCAGAUCCGUACCCACAACUUCAGUGUCUAUGGGGUCUUCUAGACCGAAUGUUACUUGUUUCAGAUGCGGACAACCGGGACAUUACACAGUGCACUCAGACUAAGGCUAGAGUGUUGUUUGAUUCUGGUGCUUCCUAUUCAUUCAUCGCUUCAUCAUUUACACGGGCAUUGGGGUUGGAGGUCAGUCAGUUAGACAGACCGCUUUAUGUUGACACGCCUAUUGGGGGUUCAGUCAUUCUUGGUCGAGUUUGUUGGGGUUGUUCUAUUACCAUUGCCGGACAGGUACUUGAGUUCAAUCUCAUCAUUCUCGAGAUGACAGGGUUUGACGUCAUUCUUGGGAUGGACUGGUUGUCGUCCUUCAGAGCUGUUAUUGAUUGUUUUAGGGGUAGAGUGUCAGUGUGUACCCUAGAUAGGGAUUGUUUUUGUUUUGUGGGAGAUCGGUGUGAUUCUUUUAUUCCUUCUUUUUAUGGUGUUAGAGGUCGGGAUCGUCAGGGGUUCUUUUUGGCGAGCCUCUUAGCCAAUGAUGAUGUUGAGUAUUGUAGAGUUGAUUAUCCAGUGGUUGUACGUGAUUUUCUGGAUGUAUUUCCGGAGGACUUGACAAAGUUGCCUCCACACCGAGAGGUGGAGUUUGCCAUUGAUUUGAUACCUGGUACCGCGCCAAUCUCUAUGGCAUCGUAUCGUAUGACACCGAUUGAAUUAGAAUAA